AUGACUACUGCUGCUGGCAUAGCUGAUGGUGCUCUCGAUAACGAGAGAUGUCCAGUAUGCAAAUCAGACAGAUACUUGAAUCCUACUAUGCGACUAUUGGUCUCUCCUUGCUUUCAUAAAAUGUGCGAGUCCUGCAUUAACCGUCUUUUUCUUUCUGGUCCUGCCCCUUGUCCAAUCUGCAAAGUCACUCUACGUAAAAGCAACUUUGUGUCGCAAACAUUUGACGAUCUAUAUGUAGAAAAAGAGAUUCAGAUCCGUAAAAAGGUUGGCAGAUAUUUCAAUAAACGGCUCGAAGACUUUGCUGGCAAUCUACGGUUGUAUAAUGAUUAUCUAGAGGAAGUCGAGGAAAUCUGUAGGCUUUUUAAUCCAACUUGGAGUUUGUAA